AAAAUCGUUACUUUCGGCUAACUAGAACCACCGGAGAACACUUGCAUUGAAAUUUUUGUACAUCAAUGUUCUGUCUAAUAGUUUGCUGCCAGAGAUAUACAUUUAUAACAGUAUAAUGGAUGAAGAUGUCGAGUUUCGAGACAUGGUUUUAAAAAAGCUUGAAGAAAAUGGAUCUUUGUUGGACAUCAAGGCCAAGCUUCGUGCACACCUGUACAGUAUUAUUGAAAGUGAUGGCAAACCAUCACCGGAAACAUUGCAGGAAAGUGAUGAAACUUACAAUGGCGACAAAACCGAGUUCGACGGCGAAGAGGACAAAUCAGAAGAACCAGCGGAUCUCACCAAUCGUGACAUUUCAUUAGGUCUGGUGUUUGAUUUACUCGAUUGCUUGAAAUUACCCUACACAAAACAAGUACUGCGAGCGGAAGCUAGAAUUAAAAAUCCUCUUUCGCGAGACCACCUGUUAGAAGUGGUUACAACGCCGCAGGUAGACUUCGACACAAGCGAGUCUUCAGUAGAAAGUCCGCCUGUUUUAUUUCAACUAAUUGAACGGAGCAGAAAGUUUUCUUCUAGUAAAAGCGAAGUGGCCCUAACGAGUACAGAAAAUACCAUCGAAGACGGAACAGCCACUUAAUUUGGUGUACCUAAACCAUCGUGACGACAAUGAACAUUCCCAUAGUUUACUCUUAGUAUUAUUUGUAGCAUCUCGUGUGGUUUAUAUUUUAUUCUAAGUGCCUUUACAUAUACUUGGAUGUAUCGACCUAAUUCGACUACUGUUUAUCCUUUGUAUUGCUCUCUCUGUAUGCGUUGCGUGUAGGUUCGGGAAACUAAAUUCCAUGAGUCCAUGUACCUGUCCAUACACAUAGCAAUGCAUUUCUGAAACGUAAAUGAUAUCAAAUACUGUUUUGUUGUACGCUACAAAGCAUUACCUGUUCCGAGCUGUCCAAUUCGGUGCCAGGCUUUGCUAUGCACUUUUUAAAGCAUUUUUCAGUCAUUUUCUAAAAAAAACAGGUUAGACGUUAAUUAGAAGAUAAUCAGAAAAGGGCAGAGACAUACGGUCAGCAGCUCCUGGGCAUUGGCUAAGGCGAUCUGCUGUUUAACCUGGCUCAUAAGCUCAUCCUUCUGAACGGAUGAAAGAUUAUCUAGAGACAUCUCCAUAAGCUGUCUUUGGCAACUUUUAUCACUGCAAAUAAUGAGCUCACACGAUUGCGACUUUCAACGACACUGUAUU